AUGUGGAUCAAGCAUGAUGUAGCACCUUUUAGUUUAUCCAAACAAUUUCAUCAACCACAGUCUGCCAUAGCCAGAACCUUCCCCUCUGCAGCUGGAGGGAAAAUUCUGAAUGUCUCAAAUUUGUAUCUUGAACCAAGACCUGUGUCUUUCCUGGGCAUGGAGGUGCCAUAUGUCCUUCUCUUAACUAGACUCGUAGCAGAAGUUACCAGCAAAUCUACUGAAAGUUCGGUUUCGGAAACAGAAUGCUGUGUGGAUAUGUUGGAUUCAAACAGUUCCUGUCCAGUAACGAACCAGUGCAGUCCAGGUUGUUACAGACGAUGGAAUGAGGAUGGUAGUAGCAGCUGCAUUAAAUGCAAAAAUGAAACCCUUCCUGUUUUAUCUAUUUACAAUCUGACUGAAUGCAGAAAUACUGGUAUCAGAGGAAUGAAUUUCCAAAUGAAUGUAAGCACCGUAACUCCUUUCAUACAGAACAUAGGGGGCCCAGAAGUGGCAGCCUCUCUCAUCUUAGGGACAUUUUUCAUCAGUUUAUUCCUGAUUCUGUCUGUUGCUUCUUUCUUCUACCUCAAACGUGCCAAUAAACUUCCUAAUGUUUUCUACAGAAGAAACAAAGCAUCUGUUCUCCAGCCUAGUGAAACAGCAUCCAUGAUACCUCCCCCAGCUUCUUCAGUUCGGAAGCCACGAUAUGUCAGACGAGAACGGUCACUAGUGACGUCUGCAUCUGCUGCUAUGAUCUCUUCUUCUGAAACCAGGGUCAGCAAUGUUUAGCCUUCAUUCUUGACUGAGGACUUGAUAAGUGUACACAGUGUCGAAGAAACUUUUUCUGAAUCCACUGAAGUGCCAGGAAAACAUCGCAAGCAGCUGACCUAAAUGGAAGCCAAAUUACUGUCUCAAAGGGUUUGUGCCAAAUGUUAACAGAGAAAUGAACUAAUGCAAAGAUACUGAUGGCAGGCUACAUCCAGUUCGGUGAACUGCUUUGGUGAUCUUGAAAUGCACUAUUCCAGCUCUGUGGUUUCAUUUGUCUCCUACAGAUGCUGUGUUUAAAAUCUUUAAAUAAUCUGCCUUUCUUUGGUACACUUUCAGUUUUGGCAAGUUCUUCCUGUGUUGUGAUGUGUUCUGUGUCCCCAGAGCUGAAUGUCUCAGUGCUGCAGGCCAACACAAAACACUGAGAUUACUCAAGGAUGUGGACUUGUUUGAAGGACCCACUUGUAAAUGCUACUAACACUAAGUGCCACUGCUUUUAACGUUGUAGGACAAUAUAACAAUACUUAACAUGCAGUAUCCUUUUGAAGCAAAAAAUGAUGCCUCCUGGAGCAUCCUCUUCAGCCUAUGACAUAGCUGACCCUGGUUUUUAACUGUGAAUAUAGACCCGCUAUCCAGAUACUGUUGUUCUUGGUGCUUUUGAAGGCUGUGGACAGUAUAGGUCCAAUCCCAAGUGUGGGAAUUUGUUGGGAAGCUUUUCCAAUUGGCUUCAGCUUCGUCCUUGGAUAAAGAGCCAUUUGCUAUGGCUUUAUAACUGAUAGGCUGCUAUGUCUGUCCUGCAAAGACUGUCUCUGCUAGCACUCUUCCCUUAACGUAACAGUUGAAAGGAAACCAAAAUUCCUGCAGAGUAGCUGUGCAUCCGUUGGGCAUGUCAGUGGGUAUUGAGAUGAUCUGGAGAGGUCAGGUGAAUUUCUGCCAAUGCAAUAAGGGGUUUCUUUGGUCAAGCCCUUGAUUAACAGGCCUGACAUCUGCAGGCCAGCACCUUAUGACAGAGCUCGACAAGUAUUUCGUAGUUGAAAGUGCCAGCCUAAAUAGCCCUCACUCUUGGAUGCUUGUUCUUGCCCAUCUUAUGCCAGCUGUGUGGCU